CGUACAAGUAAAAUUAGUUUUUUCUUUAAUUUCUGCAAGAAAAGUUAAAACUAAUUGUAAGAAAGUACCAAUGUUUGUUGUAAUACAGACAGUUGCUUCUUCCUACAUGCAUAGUUCCUCUGUUCAGUCAGAGUGAAAAUUUAGAAUAAAGCUAAACUUACGAAAUGUCAAAGUCAAUUUCAGAACAAUUCUCUAACCGGUGUAAGUAUACAAGUCGUAAAGUACUCAUUUUCGAGUGAAUUAAAUUGAAAUUUUUGAAAAUUGUAAACUAUUUUGCAACAUUUAAAUUUAAAUUCGAGUGACCUCGGUUAAUAAAUUUGUAUGUAAAUAUGUGCAUAUUUAUGCAUUUAAAUACCAUAAGACACCUCAACACUUUAUGAAUAUCUUUGGCAUACAGGUAUGUACGUAUCUAUAUGUGCAAAAUGUGUUGUCAAACUGUUUUUGUGUAUUAACAUGAAAACGAUGUAAGCAAUAACAGUUAACAAAUUGAUUUUGAGAGGUUGUUUGCAUUUUUUACUGUAAUCCCUCCAAGCCAAACCGGUUCCCACUAGAACUAAGAUUUUACAUCUUCUCCAGGAUAACGUUUACUUGUCCACUGAAAUUGCCACUAGCCCAAGAGGCUGAUUGUUGAAUUAUCGUAGUACGUACUACGAUUAUUCAACGUACGAUUAUUCAACGAUUAUUAUACGUACGUAUAUGCAAUAUACUACGACCAUUCAGUUUACUUUUUUCACUUAACAUUUGAAUGAUAAUUUUUCAAUGUGUUUGUAUACAAUCUUUGAGAUGCAGCUGAGAUUUGCACAAAUAAGUCUGAAAAGUACUAAAUUAAGUAAUAAUUUAAAAUGCUUUGUUCAAAGGAUUUAUUGACUUUUGUUUUCCUAAUAUUUAUUGGCCUCCGCGUUUGCUCAGCAUCACGACGUAAUUCGCGAUCACCAAGCGAGGAUGAAAAUCGGGAUCGGUUUAUCCCUUCCGACCCCGAUGACGCCGGAUCAAGAAAGCACGUUUCUCGCUUUGAGAAACUCCUUCUACCCAAAGGCUACAGCAAGUUGGCAAUUCCUCUGGAAGACAAUGGUGGCCCAGUAAUCGUGGAAGUUUCCAUUUUCAUUCGAUCCAUCUUAGAUUUUGAUGAGAAAGAAGAGGAAAUAUUGUUGGACGCAGACCUACGCGUAGGAUGGACAGACUGGAAUAUGAUAAAACAUUUGAACAAUGCCUCAUGGAAGGACCCAGUGACUGGCGAAAGCGUAGGAAACUUUACUUUGGAUUCCGAAUUUUUAAAAGAGAUUUGGAAACCUGACGUUUUCAUUGACGAGAUGGCGUCUUCCCAAAAGACUGCACUACUUUCUUCACCAGUGACGCUAUCUUUCAGCCGGGUGGGUGGUUCGGAUGAUGAAAUUAAUUAUGCCGCCGGAAUGGUCUACAGCGCUCGAACGACGAUAAAAUUGAGAUGCGGGAUGACUUUCGAGUUCUAUCCAGCCGACACCCAAACAUGCUCGUAUUUCAUACGGAGCUAUUCGUACAAGGUGGAACACUUACAGUUAAUUUGGGAUUUGGAAGGCCGUGGCGUAUUUUUGAAUGACCCUUCCAAUCCUAACUUUGAUCUUCAAGUGGAAUCAUACGAACCCAAUAAACACCUGAAAAAGUUAUUCAUUGAGGAAAGUUUCGACAAUUUUAGACGAGGUCACUAUUCUGCAUUGUCCUUCACAAUCAAGGCAAGAAGACGAUUAAGCUAUCACCUUAUGCAGACGUAUCUUCUUUCCGUCCUACUUAUCGCGAUAACAUUGCUGUGCUUUCUACUUCCGGCAAGCAUGGUGGAAGCCAGAAUUGGCGUCUGUAUGACAACACUUUUGACGCUUACCGCUAUGUUUGCGGCCGUCCGGGAACAAUCGCCGCAAGUUUCAUACAACAUGGCGAUAGAUUCCUGGAUGGUGUUCUGCAUCCUGAUUGUCUUCAUUGCUCUGCUUUUAUUUUCUACAAUUUUUUGGAUGAAAUUGCGAUUAAAACGAAAGGAAGAAAAUUCUGCAAAGGACGAUGAACAAAGUGGGGAAGAUGAUGUUACGAUAACGACAUAUCAUAAAAUUGUGCACUACACGAAACAUUACGCAUUUUGGGUGUUUGCCAUAAUAUUUCUUGUAUUCUUGGGCGUCUAUUGGGCAUGGCUGUUAAUUUCGUCCGACUACUUGAACUGGUCGCCUAGUUCAGAGUUUAAUGGGGCCAAUGACGAUGACGAUGCAGACGGAUUUAAUAAUUAUUAUAAGCAUAAGUCGAUAUCUGUCUUGGGAACUGAAGAAGAUUUGAGAAUAGAGGCAGAAGUCGAACCAACGUUGGCCAGUGUUAAUUUCGAAAUAUGAAGGUUUAAUUCAUGCAUUCUGGAUAAAUUCACAGUAAAUAUUUUUGCAAAAAGUCGUAAAA